CUCCGCCACCAACGGUACACUCCCUCCCUCUAUCUCUCUGUCACACCCUCCCUUUUUUUGGCUACUCGGGGAGCGUGCCUCGUCCCUCUUUGCUCAUCUUCUGAAAACCCUACUACCUCCCCACCUUGUAAAAAACGGAAAGAGGGAAAGGUUUCACAGACCGGCUCUAUCGGGCAUGGCUACUCUCACGCCGGGAAUUCUGCUGAAGCUCUUGCAGUCAAUAAAUUCAGAUGUCAAGGUCGCCGGAGAGCAUAGGUCUGCCCUCCUCCAAGUGAUCAGCAUCGUUCCUGCUCUCGCCGGUGCCGACCUCUGGUCCAAUCAUGGCUACUAUCUUCAGGUCUCUGACUCCGCCAACUCCACUUACGUCUCCCUCUCCGACCGCGACAACGACCUUGUCCUCACCAACAAGCUUCAGCUCGGCCAGUUUGUCUACGUCGACAAGCUCGAGUUCGCUUCUCCUGUACCACGCGUCGCAGGAAUCCGGCCCAUCCCUGGUCGACACCCUUGCAUAGGCAACCCGGAACCCCUCAUAGCACGGUUCUCCAAAACCGGCUUCGUCAUUCAACCGGUUUCCGAUCCCAAGCAAUCCAUGGAUCCCAUUCUUGCCUACGUUUCUUCCUCGAAGAAGUCAGAGCCGUCGAAGCCAGACGUGUCCUCUCGCCCCAUCUUGGCACCGCAAGAGAAUCUGCCUUCGGGGAGAAAUGAAGAUGCCAGGACGAUUAGAAAGCGCCCCCCCUCUCCGGCCCCCACUGUAGGAAAAGGGGAUGAACCUAAAGCGGAGAAGCGGUCCUCAUCGCCGGCAGCUGGGAAGAGGUCGGCCUCUGUCGGAAAAGCAAAUUCGCGGUCCGCAUCGCCGGUGCCUGCGAAAUGCGUUGUGCCCAGUUUAGUUGCCGCUCAAGAAGAGAACCGGAGGUCAAGUAGGGAGCCAGCAAUCAUCGUUCCCUCACGGUAUAGGCAACCUUCACCGAGUAGUAGUCGGAGGACGACACAGUGCUCUCCUGCCAGGAGGAAUGUCCAAGCAUCGCCAGCGUCCAAACGGUGCUCCCUCUCGCCAGGAAGGAGGCUUUCUGGUGGAUUCAAGGUCUCACUGACGGUCGGGGACUCGGCAAAGAAAAAGACAACUGCUGUUGGCCUCUCCAAAGCUUCAGAUGGAGACUCCGCUUUAGGAAAAACGGCGUUGAGAAAGAGUUGGGAGGAGCCUCUCGCUGGUGAUGAGAAAAAAGUGAAAUGUGCCUCCAAGCACAGGCUAGACGUUAAAGCUAUCUUGCGAACUCAGGAAGCGUUGUCUCGGAGGCUGAGUGAUGCUAAUGUGGCGCAUGAUAACGAUUCGACGUCCUCUGAGAAUCCAAAGACAUCUUCCAAGAAUAAUUCUUCAUCAAUUUCGGAGAAGCUUGGUCAUGUUGUUCGGAGAAGUGCUGUGCAUGACCAGAAGUUGACUGAUGGAAACAUUUCCUUAGAAUUUGUUCCUCCUAGUUUGGCAAAAUGUGGAAAGGAUGCUAUUCGAAGAAGAGUUCUCGCAUCCAUGGCUGCCGUAGAAGCUCUCGAAGAGGCAUCAGCUAAUGAAUCCCUGAUUAGGAGCCUAAGCAUGUUUAACGACCUGUGUGCUUCUGCCAAAGCUGUUGAUCCUGUUCCCUCCCUUGAUCGGUUUUUUGGGGUGUAUGAUAAUGCGGUGAAGUCAGUGGCGGUUGCAGAAGCCUUAUCGCUUUCUCGAAGUAAUGAUGAUUCCCAGGAUGCAUCACAAAACAUGCCUACUUCGUUCUAUGCUGAUAGAUCAAAGUUCAUCUCUGCUUGGGUAGAAGCUGCAUUGGCUGUUGACGUUGAGUCCAUCACACUGUCAAAUAAUCCGAGUGAAUUAUCAAUGGCUCUGGUUUCAAAAUUUAAUCAAGCUCUUAUAGAGAAACAGCAGACAGGAAAUUCGGAUGGGGUAAAUUCAAAACAUCCUUCUCCACUGAAGUCUGCCACCAUGAAAAGACAGUCGACAAACGUGGCUUCUAGGAAUGCUUCUCUGCAGCCAUCUGGAGUAUGGACUAGCGGUAGCGGAGUGACAGAGACUGCUGAUUUCGCGAGGGGCUUGAGGCAGGAAAUGCAGAUCUGGUUUGUGCAAUUUGUAGAGGAUGCACUGGAGGCUGGCUUUCAAGUGUUUGGGGACAGGCAUGACGAUGGUAAAAUUUUUCGACACGAGGGGGGUCACGUCGCAGUUGUCUUGGCACAGUUGAAACGUGUUUUUGCAUGGUUUGAUAUGGUUCAGUCUGGUAAAGUUGAGGAUUCAUUUUCAAAGAAGAUAGAGCAAUUAAAAAGGAAGAUUUACGGAUUCCUAAUUCAACACAUGGAGUCUGCUGCUGUUGCUCUUGAUCACCAGGUUAAUGUUAAUUUGGCAAAACCUGCUUCUGGGAAUUCGUCAAUGGUAUUGGACAGGAUAGUUCGUUGAUUCGUCUUCCUUUCUUCACGUUCGACAAUAUGUUCAUUGUCUUGUGGACCUUUCUGGGUCGGUUUGGUAGUAAACCGUGCCCGCCGAAAGAAUUCCCUUCUGCUUGAAAACCUUAAUGUAAAAUAAAUGAAUUAUCUCUGACUUUGAUC